AUGUUGAUGUACAUCAUCUUCAAAGACACACAAAUAUCCAAUACUCAAGAGGAUCUUUAUGAAUGUAAGCAACAUAAUGAAACAUUUGGAUCUGAUCCCUCUUUAAAAGUACAUCAAAGAACUCAUUUGGAAGUAAAAAACUAUGAAUAUAAUGAAAGAAUUAAACGCUUUUCAUGUCACAGUCUCGAUCAAGUAUGUAAAACUCAUACCAGAGGAAAAACACAUGGAUAUCCUCAAUGUGAUACAGCCAUUGCACACACCAGUUAUCUUCUAAUACAUGAAAGAACUUCCACUGGGGCAAUACCUCAUAAGUGUAAUCAAUGUGAUAAAACCUUUGCACAGAAAAGUCGUCUUCUCAGACAUGAAAGAAUUCAUACUGGAGAGAAACCCUAUGAAUGUAGUCAGUGUGCUAAAGCCUUUGGACAUAAAUGUGAUCUUCAAGUACAUGAAAGAACUCAUACUGGAGAGAGACCCUAUAGGUGUAAUCACUGUGGUAAAGCCUUUGCCUAUAAAAAUCAACUUCAAGUACAUGAAAGAAUUCAUACUGGAGAGAGACCCUAUGGAUGUAGUCACUGUGGUAAAACCUUUGCAUAUAAAAGUAAUCUUAAGAUACAUGAAAGACGUCAUACUGGAGAGAAACCAUAUGAAUGUAACCAAUGUGGUAAAGCCUUUGCAUGUAAAAGUAAUCUUCAAACUCACGAAAGAGGUCAUACUGGUGAGAGGCCCUAUGAAUGUAGUCAGUGUGGUAAAGUCUUUGGACAGAAACGUGAUCUUCAAAUUCAUGAAAGAAAUCAUACUGGAGAGAAAUGUAAUGUAUGCAAUCAAUGUGGUAAAGCUUUUGCACAGAAGAGUCAUCUUCUCAGUCAUGAAAGAAGGCAUAGUGGAGAGAAACCCUAUGGAUGUAAUCACUGUGGUAAAGCCUUUGCAUGUAAAAGUAAUCUUAAAAUACAUGAAAGAAGUCAUACUGGCGAGAGACCCUACACAUGCAAUCACUGUGGUAAAACCUUUGCAUAUAAAGUCAAUCUUAAAAGACAUGAAAGAAGUCAUACUGGAAAGAGACCUUAUGAAUGUAAUCACUGUGGUAAAACCUUUGCAUGUAAAAGUGAUCUUCAAAUUCAUGAAAGAAGUCAUACUGGAGAGAAACCCUAUGAAUGUAGUCAAUGUGGUAAAUCCUUUACAUGUAAAGGUAAUCUUCACACACAUGAAAGAAGUCAUACCGGAGAGAAACCCUAUGAGUGUAAUCAUUGUGGUAAAGCCUUUGCCUAUAAAAGUAAUCUUCAAACACAUGAAAGAACUCAUACUGGGGAGAGACCCUAUGGAUGUAAUCACUGUGGUAAAACCUUUACACAUAAAAGUCUUCUUAAAAUACAUGAAAGAAGUCAUACUGGAGAGAAACCUCAUGAUAUUAAUGAAUGUAAACAACAUGAUAAAACAUUCAUAUCUGACUACUCCUUAAAACUACACCAAAAAACCUUGGAAAUAACUCAUACUGGAGAACAACAUUAUAAAUGUUAUCAAUGUGGAAAAGCCUUUUCAGAGAAGAGUACUCUUCAUAGGCAUGAAGGAAGUCAUACUGGAGAGAAAUGUUCUGGAUGUAAUCAAAGUGUUAAAACCUUUGCAUAUAAAACUCAUCAGGGGCACAAAAGAAGUCAUACUGGAGAGAAACUUCAUGAAUGUGAUCAGCGUGGUAAAGCUCCCUUAUACCUGCUCCUGUGGAGUUGCUGCCUCAGACCUGCUUAG